AUGUACUCGUACCACGUUAAAGAAAUGGUUUAUGUGAGCUCGUGCAGGAAGACUUUACUGAAAUUUGGAGUGCUCUUAGUUCUUCUAUCAAUGAUUGUAACUGUUUCAAUACUUCCACAGCUUUUAAACAAGGACGUGAAUUUGUUUCCUAGGCAUGCAAGAUUCCCAACAGAUCUGAAAUAUAUUCUUUUUUGGACUCCACUGAGUAACAGCAAAAAUUCCGAUCACGGGUCAAGUCCAAAGUAUCCUAUUGGCCAAAAUAUUUUUAUCAAACAAAAUUGUCCUUACAUAAAUUGUUAUUUAACUUAUAACAAAUCAUUAUUGAAAAGAGAACAAGACUUCGAUGCUAUUAUAUUCAAUGGUGAAGAUAUUAAUAAGUAUGAUAAAGAAGAUUUACAAUUAAGAAGAUCACAAUACCAAAAAUAUAUUUUCAAGUCCUUAGAAAGUUCCGAAAAAAAUCCAGUUUGCGAUCCAAUGUAUGAUGAUUUUUUCAAUUGGACAUGGACAUACAAACUUGAUUCUGAUAUACCUUCUCCUUUUUUCAAUAUAUAUGAUGAUAAAAAUAAAUUAGUGGGGCCAAAGAAAGAUAUGAAAUGGGUGGAAAAGAUGAAACAUAAUGACAGAUAUAAAAGCUUAAUCAAAAAUAAAGACAAAGCGGUAAUGUGGAUCAUACCAAAAUGCAAAGUGAAAAACAAACAUCAAGACUUCAUUAGAGAAUUGAAAGAUGAGUUGAAAUCAUACAACUACACGAUCGAUACGUAUGGAACUUGUGGUAAAAAUAAAUGCCCCGAAGGCAAGAUCUCCAAAUGCUAUAAAAUAAUGGAGAAGCGUUACUUUUUCCAGUUGGAUUUUGAAGAGACUUUCGCAGAAGAUUAUAUAAACGAAAGAAUAGUAAAAACUCUAACACAUCUUGCAAUCCCUAUUGUAUUGGGUGGUGCGGAUUACACUAGAUUUCUUCCUCCCGGAUCAUAUAUUAACACACAAAUAUUCGACAUGAAGAAAUUAUGCGCUAUCAUAGACUAUCUGAUCAAAAAUCCUAACAUGUACGAAUACUUCUUCGACUGGAAGAACCAUUACUAUUAUGCUCCGAAAUCUAAGUCUUAUAUUUGUGAUUUGUGUAGUAAACUUAACAAUAAUAGUGCGGUUAAGAAAUCUUAUGCGGAAUUCCGACAAUGGUGGAACCCCGACUAUAAAGAUGCUUGCCAACGGAUGCAGUUGUUGAGUUUGUUUAGGAAUAAAUAG